GGCAUCAAUAUAGGCAGCGUCUGUAGAUCCACACGCAGACAGUGUGUGUUUAAAUGAAGUAACCAUUUCAAACCCAAAAAAACCAACUUUAUAUACAAACACAUUUUUGUCUCUAUUUCUUUCAACUUCAAGUCUCUUUCUCGCCAACUAAACCUUCAGAUCUGAUUCAAAAUGGCGAGUAUGGAGAGUUUGAUCGGCCUCGUCAAUCGAAUUCAACGAGCUUGUACUGCUCUCGGUGAUUACGGCGGUGGUAAUAACGCUCUCUCUUCUCUCUGGGAUGCUCUUCCUUCUGUCGCCGUCGUCGGUGGUCAGAGUUCCGGGAAAUCUUCGGUCUUGGAGAGCAUAGUUGGGAGGGACUUUCUUCCUAGAGGAUCUGGCAUUGUCACAAGGAGACCUUUGGUAUUACAACUGCAACAAACAGAUAAAGGACAGCAGGAGUAUGCAGAGUUCGGUCAUAUGCCACGACGAAAGUUCACUGAUUUUGCACAAGUUCGCAGGGAAAUUGCCGAGGAAACCGAUAGAAUAACUGGAAGGACAAAGAUGAUUUCUCCUGUCCCAAUCCAUCUUAGCAUUUUCUCCCCUAAUGUUGUAAACUUAACAUUGAUAGAUUUGCCGGGUUUGACUAAAGUUGCUGUUGAGGGACAAUCUGAAACUAUUGUUGAAGAUAUUGAAAACAUGGUUCGAGCAUAUGUUGAGAAACCUAACUGCAUCAUAUUGGCAAUAUCUCCUGCCAACCAAGAUAUAGCAACAUCAGACGCAAUUAAGCUUGCCAAAGAAGUGGAUCCAUCAGGAGAAAGAACAUUUGGAGUUUUGACAAAGCUUGACUUGAUGGAUAAAGGAACUAACGCUAUAGAUGUUCUUGAGGGAAGAGCUUUGCGACUACAGCAGCCAUGGGUAGGAAUUGUGAACCGCUCACAGGCUGAUAUCAACAAAAAUACUGACAUGAUGUCUGCAAGGAGGAGAGAACAAGAAUAUUUUGCUACAAGUCCCGACUACGGUCACUUGGCUAGUAAAAUGGGUUCAGAAUAUUUAGCAAAACUUCUAUCAAAGCACUUGGAGUCUGUCAUUAAAGCAAGAAUUCCAAGUAUCACAGCUUUAAUUAACAAGAGUAUUGAUGAGCUUGAAGCAGAGAUGGAUUACCUUGGUAGGCCUAUUGGCAUUGAUGCUGGGGCUCAGUUGUACACUAUCUUGGAGCUUUGCCGUGCUUUUGACAAGAUUUUUAAGGAGCAUCUGGAUGGAGGGCGACCUGGAGGUGAUAGAAUAUACGGAGUUUUUGACCACCAGCUUCCAGCUGCAUUAAGGAAAUUGCCUUUUGAUCGACAUCUUUCUUUACAGAAUGUGCGCAAAAUUGUUUCAGAGGCUGAUGGUUAUCAACCUCAUUUGAUUGCUCCUGAGCAAGGCUACAGACGCCUUAUUGAAGGAUCACUAAGUUAUUUUAGAGGCCCAGCUGAAGCUUCUGUGGAUGCUGUGCAUUUCGUCUUGAAAGAACUAGUAAGGAAGUCUGUUGGUGAAACUCAGGAGUUAAAGCGGUUUCCAACUCUGCAAACUGCAAUAGCUAAUGCGGCCACUGAGGCAUUGGAAAAAUUCCGAGAUGAAAGCAAGAAGACAGUUACAAGAUUGGUGGACAUGGAGUCUUCUUACCUAACUGUGGAUUUUUUUCGUAAACUUCCCCAAGAAAUAGGUAACCCGCCUGCCAUGAGAAUGGAGAAAGGGGGAAAUUCGGCUCCCACAAAAGGGGAUAAAGGAGAUAAAGGGGAUAAAGGUGGAAGCCCGGCUCCCAUAAAUGUGGACCGCUCUGCAGAGGGUCACUUCAGGCGGAUAGGGUCAAAUGUAUCAUCGUAUGUGGGUAUGGUGUCUGACACUCUCAGGAGUACAAUUCCCAAGGCUGUGGUCUAUUGUCAAGUAAGGCAAGCCAAACAGUGUUUGCUCAAUUACUUCUAUAUGCAAAUAGGAAAACAAGAGGGAAAGCAGCUUGGAGUGUUGUUAGAUGAAGAUCCAGCAUUAAUGGAGAAAAGACUACAAUGCGCAAAGAGGCUUGAACUGUACAAGGCGGCCCGGGAUGAGAUUGAUUCUGCGGCAUGGGUUCGGUGAGAGUGAUGGUGACAUUCUAUGGAUGGCAGUUCAGAUUAUUCACGAUUGUCGCUGCUAGUCAGAUUAUCUGAUCUAACUAGCAGCUGACAUAUUCUUUAUUCACAGUUUUUGUGACAUGUACCAUGAGCACUACAUUUUGUUGUGUAUUACGUACAUGCCUCUCUAUACAGAUGUUUUAUACAUCUCCAGAAUUCCACUUACAGACUUGAAUCGAAAGAAGUUACUGUGUGCCUUCAAAUUUCUUUCUGGAUUCUUGAUGGCUCAAGAAUUUCUUUAAACUUUUGCGGGCAUCAUGAUGCACACUAUUUUUGUGUGUUUAGUUAAUUCGAACAGGAUACUCAGGAACUAAUUACUGUGCCAAGUUCUGCA